GCUAAAACUUGUCUGCGUCUCGGUCAGAAGAAUGCAGGAUUGUGUGAUCAGCGUAACAGGUUACAUUCGUGGAGGUACUUUGUAUCUGGAGGAUGCUGUUUCGGGAGAGUCUUCUGGUCUCUAUUGGCACCUUCCUUACAGAUGGCAGGUGUCAGACAGCGGCUGGGUGACCUGGAAGGACCUGCCUGACAUGGAGAGCAUUGAAAAGGCCUACUGUGACCCAAGACGUGACACAAGCUGCAUGUAUCAACAGUCACAAACAUUGUGGAGUGUAAUAUUUCAGAUUUUACGAAGGUGUGUUUUAAGGUUUGGAUGCCUUAAAGAGAAUUCAGUUGACUUCAAGACAAUGACAUGUGAAGGAAUUCCUGUCCGUCGUCUCUCCACCCCCUCCUCUGUCACAAAACAUCCUCAUGCAAUUCUUACCACACAAUGGCUUUGGUACUGGAAGAACGACAAUGGGGACUGGAAGGAGUUUGGACAGGGCAACACACCAGCCUCCAUCACGCCUCAAAGUCUGGAGAAUGUGUACCUGACACUGGCAGACAAUGAAAGAGAGAUCGAUUUCACUGCUGGCCGACAUGAAUAUCUUCUUUACAUAGAAGGUGCACCAGGAGCCCAUCAGAUGUAUCAGCAGAAUAUAGAAUACAAAACUAAGAGAGAGGUCAGACGGAGGCCUCGCUUUGUGUCUGCUCAGGAUGUGGAACUGAGGCUAAAGAGUCUGUCAUCACAAGGCUCCAACACCUUCCCACCCCACUGGGACAAGAAUGCAUUACCAGACUUAGGGUACAAGCUUGUGGGUCUCUCCAGAUCUAAGGAACAUAAUAAGAUUGAAAAGAUGUUUAAGUGCACCAUGCCCAACAGACCAAUUGUCAGCAUCCAGAGGAUCCAGAACCCUUCUCUGUGGAGAGCCUUUCAAUUGCAAAGAGAGCUGAUGAAAAAGAGGAACAGAGGCAAAGCUGUGAAUGAGCAGUACCUAUUCCACGGGACUGAUGAGUCAGGGAAUGAGGCGAUCUGUGAUCAAAACUUUGACUGGAGGCUGUGUGGUGUCCACGGGACGUUAUACGGCAAAGGAAGCUACUUUGCCAGAGACGCAUCUUAUUCAGAUGUUUAUGUCAAGGCAAAAAAAAGCUUGACGAAGACCAUGUGUCUUGCUCUGGUUCUGGUGGGGGAGUACACCCAGGGGAACAGCGCCUAUGUCAGACCUCCACCUAAAGGAGACGGCAAAACCCUCUACGACAGCUGUGUUGACAAUGUGAGCAACCCGAGCAUCUAUGUGGUGUUUGAAAAGCAACAGAUUUAUCCUGAGUAUCUCAUCACUUACUCAUAAGAUACACUCUCUGAAGUCAGGGGAAACCUUGAUCUGUUCUUGAGAUUUCACUGUCAUUAGUUGCUUUUGUUAAGAUUUUUUAUUUUUCUCCUCUGUGUUAAUUGAGGUUGUUUUCCCUGUUUCUUGUCUUGUGUUCUUUAUUCCUUGUGUAAGUAGUUUCUCUGGUGUUCCUUAGUUUGGCUUUAUUUUUUAUAGUUGUUGCUCCCUGUGUUUCUGGUUUAGUUGUACUUCCUGUGUUUUCCCUCCUUUUUGAUUGUGUGCUGAGUGUUUCCACCUGUGUCUCAUUUGUCUCACCUGUGUGGUUACCCCUGUGAGUAUUUAGUCUCUGUUUCCUCCCUUCAAGUCUAAUCCCGUUAUUCCUGUGUUCCCUGUGUUUAGGUUUCAAGUGGUUUUGUUUAAGUACGUUUUUGUUUAUUCCUUUUUAUUUAUAAAAUCCUUUUUAUUUUAAUCUGGACUUGCGUCCAUCCAUCCAUCCAUCCAUUUUCUUCCACUUCUCUGGGGUCGGGUUGUGGAGGUAACAGUCUAGCGCCUGCAUAAUUGCUGACGCUGCACCAAUCAGCCUGUCGAUCUCACGCUCCAUUUUACCCCCACAAGACCCCACGAGACUUAAACUCCUCCAGUUGGGGCAAAGACUCCUGCGUUCUCUUCCUUUUUUUCCCCCAACGUGACAAUUACCGACUAAGUCCUGAUUUCAAAAUCAUACUUGCAUUGGUCAAGGAUUUCAGAAGUUAUAUCGUUGAUGCUUUGCCUCUUUCUUUUCUUUUUCUUUUAAAUGCAGUAAAUCAUUUUGUAAACUUAAACAUCUUGUCAUAGAUAAACUGAGAUAAGGAGAAUAUUUGUUUUCUGUACAGUUUUUAAUGUGUCUUUCAAUUUGCAAAGUGUGAGAAAAAUUCCUUCUAAACCAAACGGUAAUGUCUGUCUUUGUUCAUUAAUUUAAGGCUGAACACAGGAUACUGAGUGCAGUACCCUGCUGUGCAAAUACUAAACUGAAGUUUGUUGGUUGUUAUUGAAUGGAGGGCUCUUUGUCUUUAGCAUCUGAAGUAUUAGAUCACAUAUCACAUAUCAUGCACAUGCAUGAGUUGGGUGUUGCCAGCCUGAGCAAAGGUAACAUGGGCAUAGUUAAUCUGUUAAUACAUGUCAGCCCUGUAACAGAUGUUAAUGUUGAUGUUACCUUUAAACCUGCUGAAAGUCCCCUCUUCUCCUGGUGCAACGUAAAGAAACCCCACAAUUCAAGUCCAGCAGAAGAUUUGAUCCAAACUCACUAAAGAUCCAAGGAUUACUUUACAUCUUUGAAGGCCUUGUGCUUAAGUUGUCUGUGAUCCAUCUCACCAUGUAAGAGCAGAGUUUGAAUCUUUCUUCUUUCUAAAAGGCAGACCAGACAGGCACUGAGGUCUGCCUCCACUGUGCUAGGUUCCUGCAGUGAUGAAGUAAUGUUGUUAAAGAAAACUGAAAUUUAACGAAAGUUAAAGGUUUACCUCACUACUGUUAUUAAGGGUGGCCCAAGCAGCAAC